AUGACUCGAAUCACCCGAUCCGCCAGCAAACGAUCCGCUCUCGCUUCUGCGAUCUCUCGCGCGGAAGCGCACUUACUCCAGGCGAAACUGGCUCUGCAUUCUGUUGAUGCAUCCAAUUCGUCCGCAUCUGAAAGCGAAGAACUCCCACGCGGCAAGAAAAAACUGAUCACCAAAUUCGGCUUUUCUUCCAAGAAUCGUCGAUCAGGAGACGCUGCCCCGGAAGCGACUAACGAUCUCGCUCCCAGCUCCCCUGUUCAGCAGCCGGAGCCGCAGCCGACACCUUUGUCCCCGAUAGCUUCUGCUCCAAUGGACACCGAUUGCCCUCCUAAUCACUUCCGCGUUAGGGGUCCAUCUCGAAACUCCGACCCUCAGCUCCGUCUUCCUGAAGAAGCUGGACCAAGUGGCCUCCCAGCCCCGCAGGUGUAUCCAGAUCUUCCUCCUCGUCCCAACUCUGGUGAGGAAACGGCUGUCCCCGACCAACAGGAGCCCCGUUCUCCCGCUCGCGAAUUCGUCGAUUUCGCUGGGUCGUACCCAAUCGACCCCUCUACCCAAGCGAACGAUCCCUCUCCCGCUGCUAUCUACAAUCUCCUCAAACAAAAAUUGACGAGAGAGGAGCAGCUCCAGCUCAAGGGCUACUUACAGGUGAAAGAGCGGGAGAUCGAUGCGCGAUACCACGAUCUUUGGAGCGAUAUUUGCAAUCAGAGAUGGCGACUAGAAUUCACCACUCCGUCGAAUCGCUCCUUCACGCUUGCUGGGCGAAAUUGGUCUACCGAAAGCAACUAA